ACGUUUCUUGCUUAGAGCUUAGAUAAAUAUUUAUUAAGUAUUAACUUUAAUUAUUUUGAAUAGAAAUAACGAAUUUUAAUUGAAGCGUCGACUGAAAUAAUCAUUUUUUAUUUAGAAAAUGUCGGAAGAGAGUCGUGUGGUGCGCAUUGUAAAUCUCGAUGAAACUUUUACAAACGAAACUUUGAAAACUUUUAUUCUAACAAGGUGCCAGCCUAAUGGAGACAUACAAAAUCUAUACUUGAAAAGAGAUGAUAUUAAUCAAUUAUUUUAUGGAUACAUAGUAUUCGAGCAUAGCUAUGAUGCUGUAAAAGUGGUACAGGGUUUAAAUGGUUAUGUUUAUGGCACAAAUCAAUUCGAAGUUGAAUUAAUUGGUCCAAAUCUAAAAUAUAACAUAUUUCCAGAGACCAAAGAAAGUGAUAUUUGGAUAAGAAAUUCUCACAGAAUUGAAUAUCCUUUAAAAAGUGCUAUAUCAGCAAGAAAAAACCUUUUACGUAGAAGGACGUCGGUUGUUGGUGCUGAUAAGAAAAAAUAUAUGAGCAGUCGUCUUAAUUUAAUUUGUAAUCGUCGAUUAGAAAAAGUUUCCGAAUACAUUCCUUCUAAUGCAGAACCUAAAGUCUAUGGUGCAAAUAAAGUAAGGCAAUCUGGCAGGAGCUAUGCAUGUGUAUGCAUCAGUGGACUACAUUACUCCACGACUGAAUCUGACUUAGCAAAGCUUGUCCAGCCAUUUGGACCAAGGAAGUCGCUUCGGUUAGUAAAGGAUAAGGGGACUGGUGUCAGAAGUUUUGCUUUUGUACAUUUUAAAUUUAAAUGUGACGCAGCUGAAGCUAUUUCUCAGCUCAAUGGAAUUAAUGUUCAUAAUCGUAUCCUUAAAGUUGAAUGGUCGAGGUCAUAGACCAAGACAAAUUUUGUAUAACGAUAAGUAUGUAUAAUGUACUUAGUUUUUUUUUUGUAAU